AGCCCAAAUAGCAGGAUGGCUCAAAUGCAUCCUAUCGAAUUCGGGUUGAUUAAUAUCAACCGUUUGUUUUUCCCUCUCAUUAUCUCCCUCUCCCUCGACAAAGAGAGAGGGCCAGCCAUGGUUUCCUCUACACUUUUGCCUCUCUCAUUCACCAACUUCACACUCAGCGCAAAACACAAUAAUCUUCGUAACAACAUCCCAUGUGGGUGCGAUAAAAAAUUUGUGAGUCGUUCAAGUUCUUCUUGUUCGUCUGCGUCUUCCUCACCAUUUAACGUACUACGCAACUCCAUUAUUCCUCUGGCUGCUUCAGCUGCCAUUCUUCUCUAUUCAAAUCCAGCUAAAGCUGGAUUUUUGUCUGGAUUCUCUGGAAUCGAGUCAGUUCCUGGCCCUGAAUUGCCUCAAUUUGACUUUCUUAAUCGCUUCAAUGAGGAAAACCAGAAGAAGUACGCAGAAAAUGAUGCAAGAUUCAAAGAAUCGCCCCUGCUCAAGAAACUGCUAGAGAAAUCCAAGUUGAAUAAGGCGAAGAACCGACUAGAAAUUGAAAACAAGUACUGCUUGCGAGGGGCAGAGUGGGGAGUUGGUGAUUGUUCGGCAGAGGGGAUGUCGGUGGAGGACAGAGAGAAGUUCAUUGAAAUGCUGAAGCAAAAGGCUGGAGUAAAUGAAUGAACCAUUUCUAGUACUGGGUUAGCAGUGUUGAUGAAACUUCCUCAUGAUACCACUUGCCAUGUAGUUUAUAAAUUAAAUAAGGUAGAAUGGUACUCAUUUUUUCUUAGUCACUUAUUUAACAUGAAUGAGAUGAUAAUGUUGUGUAGUUUCA